UGGGGAUUUUGGUGAUGGUGGAUCUCUACCGAGUGCUCGGCGUGUCCCGGGACGCGAGCAGCGAUGACAUCAAAGCUGCAUUUCGCCGCCUGGCGCUCAAGUUCCAUCCGGAUCGCCACGCCAACGCUUCCAAAUCCGAGCAGCGCAACGCGUCGGAUAGCUUCAGGCAAGUGAAAGAGGCGUAUGAGAUUCUUGGCAAUGACAAGAAGAGGGAGGUUUACAAUCGAUCGGGGCCGAGAUACAGCACUCCGGGCAGCAAUCCUUCCUCGACGUAUUCCGCCGCUCAAGCGGCCAGAAGUGCUUACGCGAGGACCGCGCAGCAGCACAGGGAUUGGCGAUCCGAGCAGCGCUACACGAGCUACACGGAUGGAUCUUCUAGUCGAUCGUCAGAUUGGUCGUAUAGGGGAAAUUAUGCCGGAUCCAAGAGGGACUACGAUUAUAGUGUAAGAUGGACAUUUCAUCAUGCUCCCAGUGAAGGCCCAAGGAUGGUUCUUCGAGCCACUCUCUUCGGCAUGGCAGUGGUGACAAUUAUGCUAGCCGACUCGAUGAUGAGCAAUGCGUGGAGGCACAACAAUACCGGGACUGGACGUGUGUUUACUCAGAAAUCAUACGAGGAGAUGGUGGAGCGUUUGCAACAAGAAAAGAAAGCUGCUAAAACCCGAGCGGCAGCAGCUGACAAAGAUGAAUAGACGAGGUAUGUGCAUACUGUAUUUUCUUUCUUCAAAGAGAAUGGAUUGGUGGUGUAGAGCAAGCACACGCAUUCUCUAAAGGAACAAAACAGAGGAGGAGAUGUAGAGCAACCGGAUAACUCGUAGAGUGUCCCAGCUUUGUACAAGUUACUAAUCAAACUUUCGAUCUGUUCAAGGCAGCACACCCUCUCUUUAUGCCACCGGUUUCGGAGCGGAAGCUAGAACAGGCACAGGAACUGCUCCUGGCUGUUGUCGAGCGACCGAGAAACUUUGGAAGCCAGCUCCAAGUCGCUCCACCGCCAGCACUUCCAGCUCCCGCAGCAGCACCCUCACCAACUUGAUCUAGUAAGCGGCUUAUGAAUCCUCCGUUUUGCUGAUGUUUUACUUCUGGUUUUCUGUAGACGACAGGACCGAUGGUAUACACCAGCUGCUGGUUGCCUCCGUUUCUUCGAUGCCGGUAAUCAGAUUUAUCCUCGAGGGAGACUGAGACGGCGUGCUGCUUCACUCGGUGGUGAUGAUCUGUCGCAACUUUGGCAAAACACUUGACAAGGAGCUUGUUACUGGGCAAAUCCACCAUGAAGGCUCCGUUCUCAUCGCUGGAAAGGCGAUAAGUUUUCAGUUGCCGAAAUCCUCAGCGAGAGCACGUACCAGGCAGGAAUGACAGGCUUUGGCCCCAGCAGUCGUACCACACAACGUGGCCGACGAGUGUUCUUGUCACAGGCGUUGCACUCCGGCUUGGAGUCUGACCGCUCGAGAGCUGAUGCUUCUUCUUUCGGUGGAAUUUGUGGGCGAUCUUCCGGUGCCUGGGACUGGCAGCCUCGGCCAGAGAUGCUGCUGCCAGUGUCAAGAGGAUCAAACAAGCCAGCAAGCGGGAUUUCGAAGCGGCCAUUUUCGAGGAGAAGAGGGAACAAGCAAUGCAGGACUGCAAGACGGAAGUUUUAUAAGCAGAAUAGUACGAGGGGGAGGAACUACAGAAGAAAGGACUCGUCAAGCGAGGCGGAAGAGUGGUCGGUCACUGGUGGUGUUUUUCGUCGGGAAUGGAGUUUCUACCAUUUUGACUUUGAUAUGUGACUUCGUCACUGGCAGCGAGGCCACCAAUUUCUUCUUGGCGAAAAGUAACGAGCUACGGAUCCAUCGGUCUAGUUUCCUGGGGGAGGAGGAGCUGCGAAGAAUGGGAACUGGAACGCUGGGAGCUGCGGGAAUCCCAGGAAGGGAGGGAGCCCCGCGAGAGGUGGAACUUGCGAGAGGAGCGGCGGUGGAUUGGCCGGGAUGGGAGGGAAGAGAGACGUGAUUGGGAAUUGCGAGGCCGGGGACGAUGGAAUCCCUCCGAAAUUCGGGAAAGAAACCGGUGGGAAGGACAAUGGGUUCCCGAAAUUCGGGAAGCUGGGAAACGCUGGAGCUUUCUCUUCGCCAAAUUGAUGAGAGGACGAAGAAGCGUCACUCUUGGAUUGUUUA